AUGAGAAAUAAUGGAACAAUUUAUGAUGGUUUAAAUGAAAAGAGAAAUAAAUAUAAUCAAAUUAAGAAUGACAAUGAAUCUGGCCAUGUGAAGCAAUCUAAAGCUCUUCAUGAUAGUUCUGUUGAAUUUCAGAGUUUUCUUCAAAAUAACAAUAUACAAGGAGCUAAAGUAUUUCUGCAUGAGCUUAACAAAGGGCUUAGCAUUGAUAUUGGAAAUUCAAAAACAGUUGUUUUAAUGGAUGCAACGGGGUCUAUGUCACACUUGCUGCAGAACGCUAAAAAUACUGUGAAAGUUAUGUUUUCAAGAGUCUGCGCAGUUUUAUCAAAGAAAGGGGUUAGUUCUGAGUGUUUUCAGCUUCAGUACUGUGUUUAUAGAAACUAUAGUUCAAAUGAGGAUAAAAUACUCCAAGUUUCCCCAUGAACAAAUAAGCCUGAUAUUCUAGAAAGAUUUAUGGAAAACGUGCGACCUGAAGGUGGUCAAGGAAAUGAAGCAAUAGAAGUUGGAUUAUGGCACAUAAAUAAGAUUUCGCAAAAUGAUAAAAUUUCACAAGUAAUUUUAAUUGGUGACUGUCCUCCAAAUACUAUUGAUAAUAUUGCUGAAAAGAGAGGUGCACGAUCAUCUUAUUGAAAUAGUUCAAAAUUUAGCAGCGUCGAAUAUUACGAGCGAGAAUUAGCAAAAAUUAUAAGUAAACAAAUCCCAAUAAAUGCCUUUUAUGUCGAUAACUGCGCUAAAGUUAAAUUUGAAGAGAUAGCAAGACUUACAAAAGGCCAAAGCGGAUUUCUUGAUAUUAAUUCAAGCUCAGGAGCUGAUAGACUCACUGAUUUAGUUUCUACAGAAGUUUUAAGAAAAUCUGCUGGAGAAGACGCCGUAAAGCUUUAUAGAGAAAUGUACCCUCGCUCAUAUACUUAA